GGGGCGGGCAGGAGGGCAGUGGGGCAGGGGCCUGGCACCGGCGCCCUCCUCAGCGGACUCCAGAGGGCUCCCUCAUCUGAGCCUCCAUCCAGGCGUCCUGAAGCCUCCCUUUGCAGCUCCUCUGGGAACCACCGGAAUUUUAGGCUGGGAAGUACCACAGAAGGGUGUCUGGCUCCACGGCUCCUUUCGAAUUGGGAGAAACCGAGGCCACAGGACGAAAAGUGACUUGUCCAAGGUCACACAGGAGAUCUCGGUCACCAGGCCUGGUGAGAAAAUGGCUGCCUUGGCAACCAUUCUGUUGCUCCUGGCCCUCCUGAGGGCCGCCCCCAACAGUGCCCACUCAGUGCUGGUGCAGGCUGCCUUCCUGGAGGACAAUGGGGGCAGUGGAGAGAUGGAGGGCUCUUCAGCUUCCUCCCCCAGCCUCUCCCCACCCCGGACCCCUGCCCUCAGCCCUACCUCGCUGGGGCCUCAACCCACGCCUUUGGCAGAUCCCUCGCCCCCAACCAACUUCCUGGAUGGGAUCGUGGACUUCUUCCGGGAGUACAUGCUGCUCAUCUCCGUGGUGGGGUCCCUGGUCUUCGUGCUCCUGUUCAUCAUCUGCGCUGCUGUCAUUGUACGGCAGAAGCACAAGGCCUCUGCCUAUUACCCAUCCUCCUUCCCCAAGAAGAAGUACGUGGAUCAGAGCGAUAGGGCCGGAGGCACCCGGGCCUUCAGCGAGCUUCCCGACAAGGCCCCUGACGCCCACCCAGAUGACGCAGCCGUGGACUCCUCUCGCCAGCUCCAGGCUGACAUUCUGGCCGCUACCCAGAAUCUUAAGUCUCCGACCAAGGCGCCCCUGGCCAAUGGAGAUGGAGUCAAAAUAGAGGAGGAGGGAAGGAAGAAGGAUGAGGACAAGGAGGCUGAGAAGGGUCAGGGUAGCCCCAAAGAGAAAGUGGAGGCUCCCUCUGGGGAGGCUGCAGAGCCGAGUUGUCCAUCAGGGUCUGAGACCAGAGCAGAGGAGCCACUGGUGAUUGGGACAGACCAUGCUGAGCGGGAGGGCUCUCCCUCAUUACUGCAAGAAGCUAGGGAGUCCACUGGUCUCCCCAUCCCCGAGGGACCUUGUGCCUGUAGCAGUCUCUCUCCAGAGGUCGACCAAGCCAACUGCCUUCAGUGAACGGGGGCCACUCACUCUUCCAGACUGAAGCACGGCUCUGCCAACCAGAGACCCACGCAUUCUCCCCUGGCCAGCGAGACCCAGGCAGAAGGGUUGGAUCUGUGAGUCUGCCUAGGGCUGGUCGGACAUGGACACGUCCCCUGUGCUCUCAGCUGGCCUGGCUACAUCGGACUGUUCCCCUAGAACCUCCAAACAUCCAACCCAAACUGUCCAGGUCUGUCUGGCUGGGGGCCCAGCUCUCUCCACUCCACUUCCAACCAAGCAGCCCCUAGAAAUCUCAGGCCUUUUUCUCCUCUGGCUUCCUCCAAACACCCACCCAGAGCCAGAUGCGCUGAGUCAAAGCCUCCUGAUGAUAUAAAGGCCCAAGCUCUUUUCUAAAGACUCUGUCUACUUUAGCUAAACCCGUAGGUAGCUCACUGCCAGCUUUGAUCGCUUAACUUGAGGGUUAUAUCUUCCUGCCGGGAACAAUGCAUAAGAAAUAGAGAAUAAGAUAAUGAUUUUCUGGGGCUCCGUUCUCUGUUCUUCCUCCAAAUACCACCCAAGCAGCCCCUGGCACUGCCAUAGGGGGCUAGCGACUCAUGAACUAAGGGGCAUUCUGAUGCUUUCCUGAAUGGAGGGGGGCCGGGAGGAGGAGAGGAUACGUAGCCUUCUUGCUGUGGGAAAGGUCUUGGUUAGGGAUUCCUUCAUUAUCCCACAAAGGGUUUCCUGAAGCCCUUUAGGGCUCCAGCCUGGAGGAAGCAGGAGCAGACCCUGAGCUUGGAGGACAGCCAGAGAGAGGAGAGAGAUGUGGGUCCCUGGCUCAGGGAACCACCUGAGGGAGGGCCUGGGGGCAGCUGGAACUGGGUACCCAGACUCAAGCCCUGGAAUGGGCUUUAGUGACCUUUCCCUCUCUCCCCCUCUCCCCACAAAGAUAUGACUGGCCUGGCAAUUUUAAGGGUGCCGUAUGACCUGACGGGGAACAUCGCCUCCGUUUAAACUAGAGAAGGCUGGAUGAAGGGUCUCUUUCCCCCUUUUGCAAUCAAUCCCAUUCUGACCCAUGGGUUUUGAGAGUCAGGGGCAGCAUGGAGCACUGAAUUCCCCCCACCCAACCAUUAGAGCUUCCCUGCUGAUGUCCUUGGUGUCUCUUGGAUUGGGGGCAGAUAGGUGGAUGGCCUGCUUUGCGGAUGGGGAGCAAGAACCCACCUAUACCAGCAUCCUCUCAGUCCCCAUCCCUGGGGGACUGGGAAGGACAAGAUGGAGUACGCUACUCC